AUGCAAUCCUUAACACCCCAAGAUCCGUCCAAAUCCCCACUUGACCUAGUCCCCGGCGAUAGACUUGACUACGUCUUUAGCAACGGCAAAGUCGUGUGCACCGUACGUGAAAACUCGCCUCGACGGAUAGCAUGGACUGCGUCGUUGGGGUACAUUAAUGGCGAGCACUAUUGGACGUUUGAACCCGACAGCUCCUCCCCAGGAAACACGAUUCUCCAUCACGGAGAAGAAUUUGGCGGGCCGCUAGCUUUCUUGAUGGGCGAUAAUUUCAUUGCCAGGAUGUCAGGGGCCAAGUCCUGGGUGGAGAAGUCGAACAACGACUUCAAUAAGGACUUCAGAAAGUGGAUCGAAGAGGGCGAGGAAGGAGUAAGAAAGGCGGCUACUACCAGUCUGUGA